AGCGAAGAUUGAACAGUUUAUUGACGAAAAUAAAGCAUUAAUACGACGUAUGUUUGGAGAAUACGCCAUUUCCCCGGCCGACAACUAUACCUCGUCAAUCCCGUAUCAGUACGAAACCUACGAUGGACACAUUCUUCACACGCGGUCAGAAAGAGCCACUAGCCGAACAUCCUUCACUACGUCUUCAAAUAAAGUAGAUGCUUGUGAAUCAGCAGUAGAAAUUGUAACACCAUACUGGGCAUCCAACAGCGCGGGAAAAAUACGAGCUGUAGUUAACACUCAACACCUUCAACAAGCGAUUCAGCAAGAAGUUUGUCAAUCAGAACAGACAAAGAGAUGUAAGAACGACUGCUCCUGUGAACAGAAGUACAAAUGGCAUAGGUUGCUGACUUACGAUCCUGAUGAUGAUUGUAAAGGGAUAUUCAUGGACUGGUUUCUCUUCCCAUCUUGUUGUGCGUGUCGAUGCGAAAACACUGUCAGUAAAUGAGUGAACCAGUAUAGCUUUUUUUUGUAAAUUUUAAACACGAUGGACAAUAUGUAACCGAGAUGUGGGACAGAAACAAAAAGACGAAUUAUCCACCAUGCAAAUGAUUUUAUUAACUUAAUAUCGGUGUAUGAAGUGUGCGACAUACUAUGUUCAUCAUGCAAAAUUAAAGAGAGUUUUUUUUCUUUU